UUAACUGGCUCAUUAAUCAGGUUAUAAAUGAGUGUUAAUUCUUACAUCACUGAUUAGUUAAUUCUUCGAUAAACCACGUCAUAGGCAUUCUGUCAUUCUCCAUUACUGUGAAGGAGUUUUCUCGAAGGUAAAAAAUUUUAGCUUUGCUGUAAUGUUAGUUUCACUUCACUUUUAAUUCUUUGUAGGCCUCUUUUAGACGUUUAAGCUCAUUGUUAGCUCAUAACUAACUUAUAUCAGAUUAUGAAAUCGUCAGAUUGCAUUUAUACUGCUAAAACGUCUUUUUCUUCAUUCUUUUUUUUUUUCAAUAAACUUUUCGACCAGUUUUUCCAUGCGCUUAAGGGCCUCAGAAUUUCUACGAAGAUUUAUACCUUGAAUAGAGGAAGAGUUCCAGUUCGUAAACUCGCUGAUAUUAGUUAUCCAAUGUUCCUCUUCUUAGGUUGAUAAACAUCCAUCAGGAACAUGGUGAGUACUUAAUCUAACUCUUUGGCAAAAAGAUGCAAGCGUUGUGUGAGGGUAGUAGAAUGUCGUACGAACGUUCAACAAGUUGCGUAGUGGUAAAAAAGUGUUAAAAAGUGUUAGCUUAAGUCUUUCCCAAAUCUAUAAAAGUAUAGUACUGAUUUAGCAAUUAUAUGGCGUACAAUUGUUUGAAUCACACUAAACUCAUACUUUUGAUAUUGUAGUCAUCUGGAGUAGAGGUUGACGAAACUGUCAUCGACGCAUUCAACGACAUCAAGUUAAAAAGAAGGCAUGCAUACGUGGUGAUGAUGAUAAAAGACAACAAGAAGAUUGUUGUGGAAAAACUAGGAGAUAAACUGCCUCCGAACUGCAGUCAGUCCAGGAAUGAGGACAUUUUUAACGAGAUGAAAAGGGCAUUUGGGAUGGAACCGCGCUACAUUCUUUUCGACUUCUGCUUCACCCGAUCAAAUCAGACUGUUGCACAGAAACUAGCGUUUAUCAGCUGGUAAGAAAUCUAUAACUCCUAAUCCGAAAUCAGUGUUUGUCUGAGUCAUGCUCGUUAUUAUUUACAUGAUUUUUACGACAACAAACAACAAAAACAAUUUAUUCACACAACCGUUCAAUUUUAACAACUAGUUAAAUGCAAUUCAUUUACACUUCAAGUUUUAUUCACUUUACAAGCUAGGUGAAAUUAAGGGAAAUGUGAAUAGGCAGAAAUAAAUGGCUUUUUGCGGAAGUGUACGGUGGACAAGAGCAGAGCUUCCGAGCUGACCACCGCUUACAGAGAACAUAAAAUAUAGAAAUAAAAGAAAUAGGAACAUUUUUCCCAGCGCUGAUGCCACAUAAAAACACUAUUCAUUUAUUUAUUUAUUUACCAGCUUUUCUGGACACAGGCCUGCCCGGAGGGAAUGUGCACGAACGGGACUCAGGUCCCACGCGAGGUGCCAUCCUUACUCAAUCCCGCAACCUGUAAAGGUUGCCAAUGGCCACACCACCGGGGUCCACGACCCCUACUCUUUUCAAAUAGUGAUGUGGAUUUUUUUACGUUCCACAAGAACAAAUCUGUGAAAGUGCUGUGAGACGGGACCUACGGUUUUUCGUCCUUAUCCGAGAAGACUAGAAAGUCUAACCAUUUGCAGAUGUCAUUACAAAGGCAGCACUUUCUUCUCAGUCAUUUAAAGACCCUGAGUGUUGGUCUGGCCGGGGUUUGAACCCGCGACCUCCUGCUCAGCACACCAGCGUUCUACCCACUGAGAUAACCAGGCGGCGGUUAUUCGUAGCUAUCACAAAAUUCUCUUAUCCGAUUGGCUAUAAGCAGCUCUGAUCUCAGAAUUCAUAGGACAGUAUCACAGGACAGAAGGUGUCAUACCUAAGUAAUUUGACAAUUCGCGCCAUCCCGCGCGCGCUCUUGAAUCAGAAUGGAUUCUUCCGCUCAGUUCUUGGGUAGUUUUAUUCUCUCUCCCAUUUCCUCACCCUAAUCCUUUAACUAGGAAUCUAUUAAAAACUUUCCCGGUUGACUGGAAAGACCCAUUUUCCGAGAUCUCCCCUCACCACUAAACCUGGCCUCCGCCACAAAUGGAACUAAACUUCUAACAGGGAUUAGAUUACGUGUCAGUCUGCGACGCAGGCUGCACUGAACCCCUUCGUAAAAAUUUUGCCUUUUUAAUGUUAGGAUAGGAUAGGAUGGCUGGCUUGGAAGCCGAGGUCUCAGUUUUCCAAUUGGGAUCUGGGUAAUUGUGCUAGAAUAUUUUUCCAUUCAGCCCGAGUACCGAUAUGUGAAAGGACGCUUCUUGUCUAUCUCGGUAACCGGGCUGAAGUUUUCCAUAUGAAACAGUAAUCGGGCUGGAAUCUCAGCUUGGCAACCGUGCUGAAAUUUCCCAUUUUAACUGCCGUAGUCCCCGGUGUGGUGGUCUAUCUCUCAUGGGGGGAAGGACUGUUACGGGCCAGCAGUAAUUGGCGUCAUGCUGUUGCGGUGAUCCUGCCAAUAAUUGGCGAAUCUAAUAAACUAAAAUAAAAUAAAUGAAAGCAAAACGUAUCCCUGUUACCGGGUUAGUCCAUUUACUUGCUAAUUCCUUUGAAGAGGUCAUUAUGUCUCCUAUGUUUCUACGUCAAUCUAUUAGUAUCCACAGCGGAUUGUAUCAGCACUGUUGUUCCGCAAUAAGCUCUUUGCAUCUGCUGGACAGUCGCGGGUGCAAAAACGCCGUGCUGGAGAGUAAAAUCGUAGAUUGUCAUGUUUCUGCUAGAAUAGUUAAAGGUUUGAAAUUUCUCGCGAAUUAUGUUGAUGCAUCUCCUAAGGCGUUCUCUGCUCGGUUAAAUCUGGACUUCACCGUUAGCUGUGACGUCACCCGAGAGAGACUCGCCGUCCUUUCCCAGAUAACAGAGCGAGAGAGAACGCCCAGGGGCUUAGGCUGCAUCUUAGUCAUUUCUUGCCAAAACAUAGCCGAUAGAUAACAUGGAGUCUGCUUAUAUUUUAACUGUCUGAAUAUUGUAUUGACCUAGGUGUAGUGAUGAAGUUGCAAUAGGGAAGAAGAUGAUCUACGCCAGCUCGAAAGAUGCCUUAAAGAAGCGCUUCACGGGGCUCAAUACAGAGUUUCAGUGCACUGACUCUGCAGAAUUUCAGCAUUCAGAGCUGGUCAAAGACCUGAUCCAUAAAGACAGAGUUUGACAAGAGAUUCCUAAUCUGCCAGUGCAAUAACCAACUUACUUUUAAAAGAGGUCAUUUUGACAGACUGCAGGUGUGUUCGCUUUCAUUAAAAGAAAAAUCCUCUUGUUGAAUUUGGAACUUCAAGGCAUGCUUUGUUGGUCAAGUUUCGUCACUAGUUUACUUAUUCCUUUGUCCUUUCUGUUUGUAAGACGAAGAGUGGUUUAUCUCUGUAGGUAUCAACAGCCAUCUUUAUUCAUAAUCCAACAAGACAAUAAACCAAC